ACCUGUGCUCCUACAGGCCUACUACAUAUUUGAUAUUUAAUGCCAGGACUAUUCAAAAUUAUGCAGACUCUACUUUUACUUUGUAUUUUUAUUGGCGGAUUGUCAUGGGCAUCAGAGGCACGCAAGCUCAAAGGGUGCUUCACUGCAGAAGAACUGGAAAGUGGAGCUCUCAAAAUUAUUCGGAGACACAGGUACCCGACAGAAGAUGAACUGAAAAGGCUGCAUCCCAACCAUUCGGAGAAGAAUUGCCCUACUUCGCUUAAUGCACGGUCAUUAGACUACAGCCACCGUUCAGUCUCCCCCUGGCGAUACAGAAUCGAUAGCAAGGAAGGACGAUUCCCUGAGAAGAUUGCUUUUGCUGAAUGCCUUUGCAAGGGAUGUAUCAUCAUAAAUGGGUCUGGACAUCAAGCCGAAGAUCAUAAUUAUAAUUCUGUGCCUAUAAAGCAAACCCAGAUGGUUUUAGAAAAGACAAAAUGCCGUAACGACCCAUCAAAAUACUCAUUCAUUUCGCUCUAUAUCGAGGUGCCUAUUGCCUGCACCUGUGUUAAGUACAGGAGUAGUACAUGAUUGCCUCUCAUAGAGGAUAUUAUUUAGACUAAAUGUAGUGACAUGUUUCACAUUAUGUUGUGUUUGUUUAAAAAUGCACUUAAGUUAUU